AUAAAAUUUAUUUUCAAUAACAAGUACUCUAUUUUUUUUAUACGCAAAGCCUCAACAGUGUGACCGGUUUCAGUUUCGUUUUCAUACUAACGUCCAGUAGUAACUUGUUUUAUAUUUACGUUACGAGAGAAGGCCGCGCAAAGUCAAAAGUCAACAAGAUAAAACAAGCAGUUCCAUCGCAUGUGAUAAGUUUUUUGUUCUGGCAAUACUAAAUUCUGUGUACCACUGAAGCAAACACAAGACUUGUUCAGCCUAUGUACUUUUUUUCAUUACACAAACAUAGAGAGAUGGAGAAAGUUUAUGAGUGAAAUAAAGACAGAUAGAGAGAAGAGAGUAUCGCGGGCGGACGGCGAUCUAGCGUCCAUGAUGGAUUUCCGAUACUUUCGAUGCGUUAUGAAGAGAGAGUGGAAGUGUCCAGACAGUGAGAUUAAUUUCUUCAUGUACACGCCGGAACAUCCUCACAAACAUUUCAUAGACCCGCGAUAUCCGAAACUGCUUCGCGAUUUCGGAUGGAAGAAGACGAGAAAGAAUGUCCUGAUUAUCCACGGCUUCAACGGCACGUAUUCUAAAUCGCCAAUGACUUUUAUCAGAGAUGCUUACCUGUCUCGCAAGGACUACAACGUAUUCAUGGUGGACUGGUCGGUGCUCACACGGUUUCCUUGUUACCUCUCUGCAUUGUCUAAUAUGAAGAAGACAGCUCAGUGUACAGCUCAGCUAUACUCAGCAAUCACGCAAGCUGGUGGACUAGCGAAGAUGACCACCUGUGUGGGCCACUCAUUGGGCGCUCACAUCUGCGGCAUGAUCUCCAACCAUCUCACUGAGAAACAGUACAAAAUUGUUGGACUAGAUCCAGGUAGACCAUUAGUAUCAGCAUAUGGAUCUCGUCAAUUCAGGUUAGGCAGAGAUGAUGCCUACGUGGUCCAUGUGAUGCAUACUAACGCCGGUUUCUUAGGAGAAGACGGUCUAGUCGGCCAUGCUGAUUUCUGUGUCAAUGGUGGACGGUUACAACCUGGUUGCAAGGGACAUGCUAUGCGUAUAGCCCGUUGCAGUCACUUCAUGGCGUCAUGUUACUUUGCGGCGAGCGUGAGGAAAAGAAGACGCCUGGUCGGUAUACCAUGCGACAGUACAUGCCCUAAGGAACGAGGACAUUGGGGCAUCAGGUUCGAUAGGAAAGCUGUGGUGCUUGGCGAAGAAGUUCCUGAUAUGGCCCGAGGAAUGUACUGCGUCAGUUUUGAACACAACGAAGAUUGUCCUUUCGACUGAACUCAAUACAGAAUGAGGAUAACAUAUCUGCCUACAAGCUGGUGCAAAGUAAAGGGUAUUUGAAAUAGCUACAUAAAUCCAAAGUCGUUUGUUAUUAUUUAAGUAAUUUAUUGUUAAUUAGGAAAAUAAAAUAAGAUGUUUUUAUUAA